UUAUCUCACCGGUAUUUGUUUGUCACCGCGAGUAUUGCAUCAUUAAGAUUGGUCUUGUAAUUAUUUCACUAACUGGCAUUCCUAAUUCAUUUUCCCAAGUAUUCGCUAUUCUGAAAUUCGCAUUUAACUUCUUCUUUUACAUAAUACAGAUUUUUUUCUCUCAAUGUAGAGAUGAAUAUUAUUAUAUUUUAAAGUGGAAUGUCUGUCAGUGAUCAUGUAUGCUGUUGUCAAAGAUUUUGAUAUAAUUUAAAUCGAUUUACAAUUAUUCAAGAGAGAUUGAUACAAUUUGUCGCCCUGCUACUUCAAAAUUGAGACACCAAAAUGCUGAGGCUAUUGAAAUUAUCAAGAAGCUCUCCUUUAAGGAACACAGCUUUGCAGCAGUAUCUCACAAGUCGUACUAUUCAUUCGUCGACAAACGCUGCAUCGAGUGCUUUGCCCUCGAAAAGGCAACAGGUGCAAGAUGAAGUGAGUAAAUUCAAGAAGGGCGAAGUUCUUCACGGCUUUAUGGUGGACGAGGUGUCAAAGAUAGACGAAUUAUUCCUUACUGCGGUGAGACUGACGCAUAUGAGCACAGGAGCGCAGUAUGUGCACUUGGCCAGAGACGACACGAACAACGUAUUCUCUAUUGGAUUUCGCACGACUCCCAUGGACUCGACAGGGCUGCCGCACAUUCUGGAGCACACCACUUUGUGCGGCAGCGAGCGGUAUCCUUGCAGAGACCCGUUCUUCAAGAUGCUGAGGAGAUCUCUGGCGACGUUCAUGAACGCCAUGACCGGUCCGGACUACACCAUAUAUCCGUUCUCAACGCAGAACCUGAAGGACUACCGCAAUCUGCAGUCGGUUUACUUGGACUCCGUCUUCAAGCCGAAUCUGCGCGAACUGGACUUCCGGCAGGAGGGCUGGAGGCUGGAGCACACGGACGUCAACGAUCAGAGCUCGCCUGUGAUAUUCAAAGGUGUGGUUUUCAACGAGAUGAAGGGCGUCUUCAACGACAAUCAGGCGAUUCUGGCGGAGCGUCUGCUGAAUUCCAUUCUGCCGAGCCACACGUACUCCGUGAUCUCCGGUGGCGAUCCUCUCGUCAUACCGAAUCUGCAGUACGUCGAUCUUCUCAACUUCCACGCCAAGUACUAUCAUCCCUCGAAUUCGCGCUUCUACUCGUACGGCAAUUUCCCGCUGGAGGAGCACCUGAAGUUCGUCAACGAUCGGUACCUCUUCUUGUCCGAUAGAAUAGACGCUUCCAUGUCGGAAGUGCCGGCGGAGAAGCGUUGGAGUGAGAUCAGGAAGGAGCAUGUGGCGUGCAGGCCGGAUCCGCUGCUCGCGGACCCCAGCAGAAACGGCACCAUCGCCAUCGCGCACCUGUGCAACGACAUCACCGACAUACAGACGACCUUCGAGAUGUACGUGCUGUCGCAGCUGCUGCUCAGAGGCCCGAACUCGGCGUUCUACAAGUCUCUAGUCGAGUCGAAUUUAGGCACCGGCUUCGGACCGGUCACCGGUUACGAUUCGCAAUGCAGAGACACGAUGUUCAUCGUGAGCCUGCAAGGCGUGAAGCCUGAGAACUUCGAGAAGGUGGAGAGUAUCUUCGACAACACCGUGCGGAAAGUCAUCGAGGAGGGAUUCGAGAAGGAUCACGUUGAAGCCGUCCUGCACGGCAUCGAACUCCAGGUGAAGCAUCAAACGUCCAACUUCGGCCUGAACUUGCUCUUCAACCUGACGUCACUGUGGAAUCACAACGGCGACUUGGUGCAAGCGUUGAGGAUCAACGAAGCGAUGAAGGAGCUCACGUCGCGGAUGAGAGAGGAUCCCAAGUACUUGCAGAGCAUAAUCGAGACUUAUCUCGGAAACAACAAGCACAGGUUGACGCUAACGAUGUCGCCCGACGAGCAGUACGAGCGAAGUAAAGCGCUCGCCGAGCAGGAAUUGUUGAAGACGAAACUCGAGGAGCUUUCCACGGCGGAGAGAGAGCAGAUAUAUGUUAACGGAAAGAUCCUGCUCGCCGAGCAGCAGAAGAAAGAGGACGUCGGGGUCCUGCCGACGCUAAAGAUAGACGAUCUGAAGGCCGACGUGGAGAGAUACAAAAUGUCUGAUUUGCAAGUAGCUGGCGUGCCUGUUCAGGUGUCCGUGCAGCCGACGAACGGCGUCUCCUAUUAUCGAGGAAUACUCAACACGCGGGAGCUGCCGGCCGAGCUGAAGCAACUGAUACCGCUGUUCAAUUACGUCGUCGCGAAGAUGGGCACGCGGAACUACGACUACAGGAGCUUCGACCAGAUGAUGCAGCUGAAGACCGGCGGUCUGCACUUCUCGAAUCACGUCGCCGAGCACAAGGAGAGCGAGCUGCGAUACGAGGAGGGCAUCCUCGUGGACUCGUACUGCCUGGACCGCAACUCGAACGACAUGUGGACGCUGUGGACGGAGCUGUUCAACAACGUCAAGCUGACCGACCUGCCGCGUUUCGAGACGCUCGUGAAGAUGAACGCGGCCGACUUGAUCAACGGCGUCUCGCACGCCGGCCACUUGUACGCGAUGAGCAGCGCCGCGAGCCUGGUCUCGCCGGUCGCGCGGGCCAAGGAGAGCCUCUCGGGGCUGCAGUACGUGGCGAGGAUGAAGAGAGUGGCGCAGAUACGCGAUCUCACCAGUUUGAUGCACAGUAUGCAGGAGAUAGCCGACGGCGUCCUGAACAAGGAGCGCCUGCGAUCGGCCGUCAACCUGUCCGAGGAGCGCAAGGACAGCGUUCUCGACGGCAUCCGCGCAUUCUACGAGUCGCUGACGGGUCGCCCGGAGAAUUCCCACGUCAUCACCAGCGAUCGGAGCGCCGAGACCAGGGAAAGCGGCAACCACCACGUGCUGCCGUACACGGUCAACUAUUGCUCGAAAGCCAUCCUGACGGUUCCUUACACGAAUCCGGAUUACGCCGCGUUGCGCGUGCUCUCCAAGCUGAUCAGCUCGGUGUACCUGCACCCGGAGAUCCGCGAGAAAGGCGGGGCUUACGGCGGAGGCGCCAAACUGACGUCGGAGGGAAUCUUCUCCUUCUACUCGUACAGAGAUCCGAACUCCACCCGCACUUUCGACCUGUUCGACAAGACGUACGACUUUUUAAUCGGGUACGCGCUGCCGCAGAGCGACAUAGACGAAGCGAAGCUGGGCGUCUUCCAGCAGAUCGACGCUCCCGUGCCGCCCAGCAAUCGCGGCAUGACGAGAUUCACGCACGGCAUCACGGACGACGAUCUUCAGAGACAGCGGCAACAGCUCAAGAGCGUGACCAAGGAGCAACUGCUGCACGUGGCUGCCAAGUAUCUAAAGCCCGACCAGGACGGCGCCAGAGUCGGCCGCGCGCUUAUCGGACCUGCGAAUCCCGACAUCUCGAAUAGGCACACGGAAAAUUGGCUGGUGCUGAAUCAGGAGGAAGCGGAUCAAGCGCGAGCUUCUGAAUAAAUGUUACUUAUUUUUGUUACCUUCAUAACGAAGCGCGUUUCGCUUUACGUUCAACUGUGCAAACCGUGUCGUCAGGCGUAGCAUUCCAACUACGUUUGAUAUGUUUACAAAGUAUUAGAAAUUGAUAAAAUAGCGUUACUCAAUGAUAUAUUUGUUAAAAAUUGUAAUUUAUGCUAUUUUGUAUAAUAAAGAUGUGUCCCCGGCAAAAGGGAUGUAAAAAAUAA